UUUUGUUGGUAUCAUUAUUUGUCAAAAAUAACCUCAAAAUCGCCGUAAAGUUGUUUAUGUCCAUUUUUUCGUUUACAAAAGUUUAAAUAAAUCUGCAAAAAUGGAGGUUAUUGUUGCUAACGUUGAACAUAUCAAGUUUGAUAUAGAAGUUGCUCUAGAUGAACAGUUUGGAGCCCUACCUCUUCCAUUUCCAGGAAUGGACAAGUCAAUUGCAGCAGUGUGCCAAUUUUACACAUCAAUGGUAGGAUGUCAAAAAGGCCCUCAAUGUCCAUUCCGCCAUGUUCGUGGUGAUAGAACUAUUGUGUGUAAACAUUGGCUCAGAGGGUUGUGUAAAAAAGGAGAUCAAUGUGAAUUUUUGCACGAGUACGACAUGACUAAGAUGCCUGAAUGUUAUUUCUACUCCAGGUUCAAUGCUUGUCAUAAUAAAGAAUGCCCCUUUCUCCACAUAGAUCCAGAAAGUAAAAUUAAAGAUUGCCCAUGGUAUGAUCGUGGAUUUUGUAGGCAUGGACCACACUGCAGGCACAGGCACGUAAGAAGAGUACUUUGUACAAACUAUUUAGCUGGGUAUUGCCCUGAUGGUGCCGACUGUAAAUAUAUGCAUCCUCGAUUUGAGUUACCUGCACCUCCAGACCAAAAUAUCAAGGAUCAAAAGAAAACUCCUGUUAUAAUCUGUCAUUUUUGUGGGGAACAUGGACAUAAAGCCAUCCAUUGCAACAGGAUAAACAAUGAAAAUUCCAAUAACAGAGAUUGCAUGGAGAAUAAUGACAGGAGGGGCUAUGGAAAUGAUAAUCAUUUCGAUCCACAAAACACAUUCCUACAGAAAAUGCUUCCAAAGAAGAUUGAAGAUGUUACUUGCUUUAAAUGUGGAACUAAAGGUCAUUACGCCAAUAGGUGUCCAAAAGGACAUUUGGCAUUUUUAUCCCAAUCAAAAAAUAAUCAAGAUCCCGCCCAAAAUGAUGUUUAAUUGGUAUUUUAUUCUUGUUUGUAAAAGUAAAAUA